AUGGCAAUUAUAAAAUUGAAAAGUAACGACGGAGUAGUAUUUAAAGUUGAUGUGGAAAUACUCAAAUGUUCAACAACAAUUAAAACAAUGUUAGAAAGCCUUGGAGAAGAUGAAACCGAUGAAGAAGUGCCAAUUCCUUUGCCAAUUAUUAACUCUGUAAUUUUGGAUAAAAUAAUCCAAUGGGCUAUUCAUUAUAAAAAUGAUCUGCCGUUCGAGGAAAAUAAUGAAGAUGCUUAUUCAGUAAAAACUGACGACAUGUGUGCAUGGAACGCUGAAUUUUUCAAGAUGGAACAAGGAAUGCUCUUAGAUCUUAUUGAGGCUGCAAACUACCUCGACAUUAAGCCCCUGAUGGAAACUAUUUGCAAAACUAUCGCUCAUAAGAUGAAAGGGAAGACUACUGAGCAAUUAAGAACCCAGUUUGGUGCCGUGAAUGAUUUUACUCCGGAAGAAGAGGAAAAAGUUCGUAAAUUUGGAAAGUGA